GCGAGUGCGCGCAUCCUCGGCUCUCCCCACCCGAAGCUGGGGGGCGGGGCCGUGGCCAAGCUCCCUCGGCUCUGUCGCCUGAAGCCCCCUCCCCUUGCCUUUUCGCUGCUCCCCGCUACUGCUCUCCGACCCAGCCCCACCCCAAGCGACCCUGCGUGGAGCGGCUGGUGCCCAGAGGCGGAGGUGAACGCGUGCUGUGAGCAGGUGCCUGUGGAACCUGAGGAAGGACGCUGGCGAAGCCCCAUCGGCGUGCACACGGAGGCCCCUGAAUCUGGAAGCCGGAGGCAUUUCCCUGUUUGCCGGAUUGGUCAUUUAGGUUUUCAAGAGGCAAGGGGGUGCACGGUAUGGACAAGAGGGAUAGCUUCAAGUCAGGAACUGCCCCGCGGAUGCCGGCUUCACGACCCCCUGGCCUUCUGACCCCUAGGCCUCCUGCUGGGUCCGCUCGACCUCCUCCCCCUGUGACCACUGCUGCCCUUCGAGUCUUAGAAGCAAACGGAGCUAUGGGGCGAAGGCCCCUGGUGGAGCGAGCCUCAGGCGUCUGCAAAGCAGCUCUUUCACAGACCAGCAAGGCAGCUCUCCCACAGACCAGCAAGGCAGCUCCUCCACAGACCAGCAAAACAGCUCUUCCACAGACCAGCAAAACAGCUCUCCCACAGACCACUAUCCACGGGGCACCAGCUCGCAGUGCUGGGGCAGGUCCUCGUAGCCCAGCCAACAGGCCCCCAGCUUCUGGGAAAGGAGAGAGGGCCCCUAUGAAGACCCUUGGCCAGGGCUCUCUUUCUAGCCCCGGGCGUGCCAGCAGUGGGAUUGCCAGACCAGGCCCUGUUGUCCAGAAGAGACUCCAACCUCUGACUAAGGAACCCGUGGUCAGAGGUAAAACACCAGAGACGCCCAAAAGGAAUACUCUGAGCUCUGGAACACGAAGAGUUUUGUCUGCAGAUUCUUUAGGACCCACUUCAGGAGCCCCCUCCCCCGCCAUCACCCGUCGGUCCAGGGCCCCAGCUACAGAGGUGGGACUUCCUCAACCAGCUCCCAGUGCCAGACAGCGUCCUUUGACCACGGAGGCAUCCAGGAAACCUGGAAGCAGUGCUUCUGAACCCAGUGCCACGGAGUCGAGCCCAGCCAUUAGGAGACGCUCUGUCGCUGGCGGCAGUCUGCAAAAGCCGGUCUCUCGUUCCUUGAUCCCCAGUGCUACUCCUCAGCUCUCCCCAUCCCGCUCCGGGGUCUCACCGCGUGUAACCCCACGGGCUCCUGCGCAUACCUCGCAGCACAAGUCGAAAGAGCAGCAAGCUCUGCACCCAACCCAGACCACAGUCCCAAGGAAGAACAAGCCCUCUGUACAGAGCCUGAUUCCCGCUUCAUCUUUAGUCACGCCCGUUCCACCNGGUGCUUCCUCUGUCCAGGGCCCAGAUGAUCCCUCGCAGACCACACUUCCUCCCUCUCCUCCCGCCACCCCGCCUCUACCUGCUUCUCUUCAACUACUCCAAGCACAAGCCUCUUCACAGGCAAUGCCCCAUUCGCAGUCUGGACAAGGCUCACCAUCACCUCCGCCUCUUUCUCUGCAGAACCUGCCCUCUCCACCAGCCACACCCCCAUUGCUAGCUCCACCCACAUCUCUAGAUACUGAAGAGGCCUCUGACUCACCCCCACCGAGAGCCGUAAUUUCUUCAUCGCCCCCUCCCCUUAUACAGAGUGUGCCCCCUAACCAGGCUUCUUCGGCAACGCUCCCUCGGGAGACUCUCUCGGCCACGCCUUUCUCACCUGCUCCUCUACCUCUAGCCACGCCUCCUCCACAACUUCUCCCUUCCCCGCCAAUUUCCCCGCAGAAUUUGCCCACUCCACUUAUCACGCCCUCCCAGUUGCCUCUCUCCACUCCUUUCCGAGCCAACUUUUCGGGGUCUCCUCCCCUUCCCCAGGCCACGCCCGCUAAUCUAACCGCGCCGCCUUUGCAAGACCCUCUGCUUCUGGCCAUUUCUCCUCCAGUUUCUUCGUCUACCUCCAUCUCACCACCUCUGCUUGCCCCUCCCUCUUCCGUGGUCACGCCUCCUCUGAGGCGCCCACCUUCUCCGACUCUGCCCACUUCACAAGCCUCUUUGUUGACCUCGCCGCCCGCCCUGGCCUCCUCGCCCCAGCAGGCCACGCCUCCUCCUUUGGCCUUGUCCCCUCUAGCCACCCAACUCUCUAUGGGCUCACCCUCUUUGCAGGGCUCUCCUUCUUUCUCGCCUACCCCCCCUAUGCAGCCACGCGCUCUACCCUCGCCUCCUUUGCAGGCACCUCCUGUUACAUACCCUUUGCCUCUUUCCUCNCCUUCUGCUUCACCCCCUCUGCCCGCUCUCCUCCCCCCUCCUGCCUCACCUCCUCUGGAGGGCCCUCUUUCUCCCUCGGCCUCACCUUCGUCUCCCUUAGCAACUCCCCCUCCAGAAGCCCCACCUUCACUGGGCUCACCCACUCUUUCACCCCUGGCCACGCCCCCUCCGCAAGCCCCACCUCUGGCUUUGCCCCCUCUGCCAGCUUCCACCUCUUCCCCGGACACAGCCACNUGUUCUCCACAGGGUCCUCUCUUGGCUUUGCCUCCUCUACAAACCUCUCCUUCUCCUCUGACAGUACCCUCUCCGCAGACCCCACCUUCCCUGGCCUUGCCCUCUCUGCAGUCUCCCUCCUCCCCAUUGGCCACAGCCACAGCCCCCCUACAGAUUCCCCUUGUGGUUUUACCUACUUUACAGACCCCUCCUUCUCCCCUGACCACUCUCCCUCCGGGGGCCCCUCCUGGCCUGACCUCGCCCGUUGUUCAGCCUCCUUCUCCUCCUGCCUCACCACCACUGCAAGCCCCUCGUCGACCCCCGACCCCGGGUCCAGAUGUCCCUAUCACAGGUCCACGGCUGACCCUGGCGCUGGCCCCUGCCCCGCCCCCGCCCCCCUCGCGAAGCCCGUCCAGUACGCUGAGUGGCCCGGACCUGGCAGGUCACAGCAGCAGUGCCACGAGCACACCAGAGGAGCUCCGCGGCUACGAUAGCGGGCCCGAGGGCUGCGCUACAAUCUCCCCGGCCCCGGACGCGGAGCUAGCUGCCUGCCACCCGGCUUCCUGGAGUCGAAGUUCUGCUCCACCCUUAGCAGUACGCGGCACUCCAGGAGUUCCCCUGCCGUGGCCUCCCACUGCUGGCCCAGGUUCCUCUGAUGGCCUGUGCACCAUCUACGAAGCUGAAGGACCAGAGUCGGUGGCCCCCACCCCUGGNUCCCUAGAUGUGGAGCCAGAACCGAUGCCUGGCUCUGGCGGUGCGAAGGUGACUGCUGCAGCCUGCGCAGGAGCGUCCUCGAGAAGCCCCAAAUCUGCCCGCCUUGGCGAGCUGCCGCUGGGGGCGCUUCAGGCGAGCGUCGUGCAGCACCUGCUAAGCAGGACACUGCUGCUAGCGGCCGCAGAAGGUGCAGCUGUGGGCAGCGAAGGUGGUUCAGGAAGCCCAGGGGGUGGUGGUGUCUCGGGAGGAUCCCGGGCUCCGCUCAGUGAUGCUGAAUUGGGCCGCUGGGCCGAAUUGCUGUCUCCCUUGGACGAGUCUCGUGCUAGCAUCACUUCGGUCACCAGCUUCUCCCCAGAUGAUGUGGCCUCUCCACAGGGUGACUGGACUGUGGUGGAAGUGGAGACUUUUCAUUGAACCAGACCCCAGUCCUGUCCACCAUACACAUACCACUUUAUAAUCCACCUUUCUGGUUACACCUCUUUUGUCUUAGUUUCCACUCCUACUUCCUUUGACACUUGGCUGAAUUGGUUUUUACCUCUAGUGCCCGUGUUUGGGCCCAGGCUGUACCCCUGUUCUUCCUUGGCUUAGGCUUGGACCAUACCCACACACACUAGACCUAGGCCUUUCAUUUGAGCUUCUGUUUGGCCUAAGCCACACCCCUUCUCCAAGGAGCAAUGCCACAGCUUAUGUUCAGUGGACGAUAGUUUACANGCUGAAUGGUUUACAUGCUGGCACCUAUGCGCUCUGCCACCUUGCGAGCUGGGAGGGGACCACAGAGGUGGUUAGAAGGGCCAGGCUACACCAUGCCAGUGGUUAUGCCUGAGCAAACUGGAGUUCUGGCUGAACUGUGCGACUUUUCUACAGAAAAGGGGCUGGUAAGACAGUGGCUACAAUGGACUUGUGAUUUUCCAGUCUCACAAAGGCCUGGGUUUGAAAGGAACUGGAGAGCCACCAAAGCUUACCCUGGACAUGGGGUAGUUUGCCCUCCUAGGUACCCCUUGCUACAGCACCGUUAUCCUGUGUGCACCCCUUCUCUUCCAUGCUUGAGAGUUGGAAGAGAUGAGCUCCAGCAGAGUAAUAGUGAGUCCUCGACUUCAUCUGUCACUUCUCCAUGAUGAGCAGUGUCAAGUUGACAACAUGCAGAAAACACCCCAAAGAGGGCCUUUUGACAUGCCUAUGGGGACUAACUUGCUUGGGCCGAGGUGGAAACGCCCACCAUUCCCCGGCUGGAGGACUGGAUUGUGUCAGCAGAGGCGGGUAGCCGCAUGCCUUCAGUCUUCUUCCCUGAUUGUGGAUGCUCAGCGACCGGCCGGCUGCUUCCAGCUCCUAUUGCCUUGACUUCCCCAGUGGUAGAUGAUAC